AUGAAUGGCCUACGAUUUUUGACGGGAACUUCAGAAAUGGGGGAUCAGGUGCAUGAGUUUCUGUUGGACCAUUUUCGCGUCAUGGAGCCGAUCACAACGAGCAUCAAGGCAUCACGGGAUGAUGUCUUCGAGUUUUUCAUCGAUUUACGUGACGGCGCAUUGAAAAAUGAAAAGCACUCAAUUGUGGUUUAUGAUGAAAAUGAUGAAUUGGUUGGGAUUUCCCUCAAUUAUGUCAAAGAGAUCGACGAGAAUAAGGAGAAUUUCGAAGAAAUCGAACCAUUCAAUCCACAUAAAGAUUAUCAAGAUGAAAUUCAAACGGGAGCCUAUGAAUCGAAAAACGCGAAUCGCUUGGUGACUUUUGUGGAAAAUGUCGAGAAUAAUUUGGUUCCACUUCUUACAAAGCUCGAUCAUCGACACCGUCGGGUUGAGCGAAUCUUUAAGAUUGAUGUUAUUUGUGUGCACCCUUCGAUGAAAGGGAAAGGUUUGGCGAAAGAGUUGAUGAAGAGAAUCUUCGAGAAAGCCGUUGAAGCUGAUUGUGAUGUUGUGGCCGCAUGUGCAACGGCACAAGCAAGUCAAGCAAUCUUCAGAAAAUUUGGUUUCGCAACAAUUCGCGAGGUUCCAUUUUGGUGUUUCCGCGAGAAUCAUCUGCCGAUUUAUCGCGAUCUUUCCGAUAAAGGAUUAAGCGGGAAAUUGAUGGCAAAAUGGAUUAAA